AUGCACCUGAUACUCGUAAUUUGUGAAAUAAAAACUGUGCCUAAAUUAGAAGACCAUGUCAAAAUACUAGAGGACAUGUACCUCGAGAAUGUAUUCACAUCUAGUAUGGCUCACAAUGAUGCAUACAUGCCUAUAUGCGAGGGCAAAUCAUGCGAUAUUCACAAGAACAAUUACACUAGAUUCGACAUACUAUUUAAGCCUAACAAAGACGCUAACCAGGCUGAUAUAAGACUGACUAUUGAAAACAUAUUGGAGAAACCUACUUUAUCAUACGACAUACCUGAAAUGAUCGCUCACCGUGGUAUAUUUGAUACAAACAAUACAAAUGUUAUAGACUCCAAGACUAUGAAAAAAAAUUUGACCUUGAACGAUACGUUUUUAUUAAAAUACCGCAUAUUUGUUGGAUUACUAACGCCAUCUAUGAAAUUGAACUUGACCAUUCAUAUAGAGGACCAUGAUACCCAAAAACCAUACGCGUGUGGA